AUGCUCGGCUAUUCGUUAACGAUUGCAGCUAUAUCCAUUGUCCUAUGUUUUAUCCUUUCAAACUCGGUCAUGAACGAAUUGCUCGUGAUUUGGUGUAUUCUAGCCUCUCUAACACUACUACUAAUGUGGUCGAGAUAUUCCGAGCUUUUAUAUAUUUUUUUGUUCGUCCCCUUCAUGCUCAUUAUUGGAUUUGCAAUAGCUCGCAAUGAACAAGCACCACUAGAGACAAAAUUAAAAUUUUUCGAUGGAUUCGUCAUGGGUGGGCAUAGAGGAUCACCUGAAUCUGCACCAGAAAAUUCACUUGCAGCACUGAAAGCGGCUCAAUACGAAGGAUGUCAAUUGGUAGAGUUUGAUGUUCAAUUGACUAGCGAUGGAAUUCCUAUUAUACUGCACGAUGAUAAUACUUAUAGAACAACUGGAAUUAAGAGAGAAGUAUCCUCUUCUGUGUUGUCCGAGAUAGCUGGAUUACCUUUACUAACAGUCAAUGGAAUUAACGACACAAUCCCCACUCUGGAUGAUGUCAUAACCUUCUGUAUGAGAAAUAAUUUGAAAAUGAUCUUCGAUAUCAAAGGAAUGAAUGAUUUGCUGGUGAGGGAACUUGCUCGAAUUAUCCAAGAUAAAAAUCUCUAUACUUCUGCCAUAAUAAGCAGUUUUAGUCCUGCUGUUCCGUAUUUUGUGAAGAAAGCUGAUCCAAAUAUUUUGACAGGUUUUACAAAUCGACGAGCACUUUAUGGCUUCUUAACUGAAGAUGGCUCUGUUGAUAGAGGGGUAUGGUGGAAUCAGUGGUUUCUAGAACUCAUGGAUGAUUUUCUGUUAUUAGUUCUUCGAUCAUUCCUUCUUCCUGAUUUCCUAGGUGUCGAUAUGCUUCUCCUUAAUCAUCGUGAUAUCAGCCAUAGCAUCGUAACAGAAUCUGCAAAACGUGGAAUGCAAGUAGUUGCAUGGACAGUCAACGAUAAAUAUGAAAUGAAUUACAUGUCAAAGGUGUUGAAGAUUCCAUUUCUAACAGACAUCCCUAAGCUAUUUGAAGGUUAA